AUGAUGGGCUCCGUGCUCCCGGCUGAGGCCCUGGUGCUCAAGACGGGGCUGAAGGCGCCGGGGCUGGCGCUGGCCGAGGUCAUCACCUCCGACAUCUUGCACAGCUUCUUGUACGGCCGCUGGCGCAACGUGCUGGGCGAGCAGCUCUUCGAGGACAAGAGCCACCACGCCAGCCCCAAGACGGCCUUCACCGCCGAGGUGCUGGCGCAAUCCUUUUCUGGCGAGGUGCAGAAGCUGUCCAGCCUGGUGCUGCCGGCGGAGGUGAUCAUCGCUCAGAGUUCCAUCCCCGGAGAGGGACUGGGCAUCUUCUCUAAGACGUGGAUUAAGGCGGGCACUGAGAUGGGCCCCUUCACCGGCCGGGUAAUCGCCCCGGAGCACGUGGACAUCUGCAAGAACAACAAUCUCAUGUGGGAGGUGUUCAAUGAAGACGGCACAGUGCGCUACUUCAUCGAUGCCAGCCAAGAGGACCACCGAAGCUGGAUGACCUACAUCAAGUGUGCACGCAAUGAACAGGAGCAGAACCUGGAGGUGGUCCAGAUUGGCACCAGCAUCUUCUACAAGGCCAUCGAGAUGAUCCCUCCUGACCAGGAGCUGCUGGUGUGGUACGGGAAUUCGCACAAUACCUUCCUGGGGAUCCCUGGUGUGCCGGGGCUAGAGGAGGAGCAGAAAAAGAACAAGCAUGAGGACUUCCACCCCGCGGACUCGGCGGCAGGCACCGCGGGCCGCAUGCGCUGCGUCAUCUGUCACCGCGGCUUCAACUCGCGCAGCAAUCUGCGCUCGCACAUGCGCAUCCACACGCUGGACAAGCCCUUCGUGUGCCGCUUCUGCAACCGCCGCUUCAGCCAGUCGUCCACGCUGCGCAACCACGUGCGUCUGCACACGGGCGAGCGCCCCUACAAGUGCCAAGUGUGCCAGAGCGCCUACUCGCAGCUGGCCGGCCUGCGCGCCCACCAGAAGAGCGCGCGCCACCGGCCGCCCAGCGCCGCGCUGCAGGCGCACAGUCCUGCGCUUCCUAGGCCCUUCCUUCCUUUGUGGGGCUGA